UUUCGAGGCAUGAGAUUCACGUGACUAGCCAGGUAAAGCGUGUGUGAGAAACGCGCCAUCUGAUUGGAAGCUCGUAUGACGUUUACAGUCUGGCAGCCAAUAGCGACGUAGGUUUGUUCUCCCUUGUUCUCGAGGACCUCGACGCGUUGACAUCAAUAAAUGCAGGAGUGAGUUCUAGGGGCGCGGACCUGUGCUGAUUGUUAGACCUUCAUAUUUGUAUUAUAUUUCUCUUCUUUUAGUAUUUUACUUUAAAAUAAUAAAUAUGAGCAUUGCGGCGCUACUUCAAGCUGCAGAAUACUUGGAAAGGCGAGAAAGAGAAGCGGAGCAUGGAUAUGCUGUUUCACUGCCUCUCCCAGAUGAUCUCAGGAGUGUUAUCACCAAAAGGCCAAAGACAAAAAAAUCUCAGGGAAGCAGGACAACGCAUAACGAACUGGAGAAAAAUAGGUGAGUUGAUAUACAUUCAUCUUCAAUGUUCGACUUUCCGUCAAUUGUGAUGGGUGUUGCGAUAAAUUUCCUCUGCUUUGUGUACUUGUGAAAAUUAUGUGCAUGCGAUGUGUGAACAGCGUUGUUUAUAUGGAUGUGGAUGGUGUUUAUGAAGAAUAAAUUGAAGAAAUAUUUUCAUUGGAAG